AUGGCAAGUAGCACACAGAGACGUCAACAACGAUAUGUGCGGAGCUCAACUACAGCAAGCGUAACUCAGCUCCUGUCUGACAGUUACAAUAAUAUUCUGCAACGAUUUCGACGUCCGCCUAGUGAAAAAUAUAGUACGGCUGAUAAAUUAUCAUUGACAUCGAAUCGCGUCCGACUUAAUGAGCAUCAUCAUCUGAACGGCAAUAGCAGCAGCACAAGUCUAAAUGACAUUGAUAAUUCACUUUUGAAUAGUAGUGAAAGCAAUAGAGGAACAAAAACAAUGAAAUCAAGUCAUUCAACAGUCACCGAUUAUGGACAUAUGAGCAGUUCAGACAAUAUACCUGGAAGAUUCUCGUCAGCACUGAAUCGUAUUAAAUAUAGCUAUGACUAUAAGCCUCUCAUGCGUACAAUUACACGGCGAUUUGACUCACCUACAAAAAGUAUUCCGGAAGAGACAGGAUCACCAUACCAACCAUCAUCAUCAUCGUCGUCGUCAUUAACAGCAACAAAAGACAAGGAAAAGACACCGAUAAUUGGUGAUAAGUCUCAAAAUGUCAUAACGCGUUUAGAGUCUAAAUACUCAGACAUUCUUGAUCGUGUCGCAAAGCGUAAAGAGAAGCAACGACAAGAGCAACUUCAGAAUGAUGAUCGAGAUAAGACACUUGAACCCGUUGUGAGAAAAGCGAAUCCGCUUAUGAAAAGUGCAACAACUUCAAGUGUUUCAAAAUCAACAUACUCAAGUGCUGCUAGUUCAUCGCAGAAAGAACGAACGCCAUUUAAAAUGGAAAGAAAUAAGCAUAGAUACCAUAAUUAUGAUACAAUGGAUUCAUUGACUAAUGGCAGUUCCAGCACUUCCUCAUCGUCUUCAACAAAUAGUUCAAAAGUAAAACGAUCAGACAUUCUUGGCAGUACGAGUAACGAUGAUUAUCCAUCAUAUUCGAAACUUAAAUCACAUGAUAGUGGAUAUUAUGAUGGAAGUUAUUACAAGUCAAAGUAUGAGGAUUUAUUGACAGAUGUCUCUAAUAAUCGUCAUACACCGAAAAAAGUCACAAUGCCUUACACGGGCUCAUCAACAUCAAGACAAUUGAAGCCAUACAAAAGAACUGACAGUACAAGUAAUGAUAAGCAUCGUACAGCAAUCAAUCUAUAUGACUUACUGGAUAAUGAUGAAAGUUCAACGUCCACACAAAAGCAACAACCAGCACAGCCGCAAACAUCGACAACGCAAGUCAAUGGAAGUUAUCGGCGGCAAUAUUCUCAAAGGAAAAGUGCGGGACAGUCACUUAGAACAGCACAUGAUAAUCAUUUAUCGACAACUGACGAUUCAAGCGAUGAUUAUUCGGAUUUUGAGAAAACUGAGCGCGAGAAUCGUAGGAAAGAAAUUCAAAGUCUGAUAAUGAAAUAUGCACAACUUGAUGAUUUUUAUAGUAAGUCCUCCAACCUUAAUGGUGAUUCUGAUGCUAAGAAAAAAGAUCAUAAUAAUAACAAUAAUGAUUUAUGGGAUACAAAGGCACAAUCGCCUGUUGUCAUACCAAUGAAACCAUCAAGUAGUAAGCAACAAGCAUCAACUUCAAAAGUUAAUGGUAGUGGUGGCUUCAAUGCACUCGGAAAAUCACAAACAACGGCAAAUAUUCCACAUUAUCAAAGUAAUUAUGAUUACAAUGAUUUGAGCUGGUAUGGAAGUAAUUACAGUAAUAGUAGUAAAAAUAAAGGCAGCAAUGUUGUACCAAUAACGACUUAUGCACAAAAAUCCUCGUCUAGAUCGCGAAUGACUAAAGCAUUAUCAACAUUUAGAGCUCCAUCAGUACGUGAUGAUGCAGAUGGACAUUUGAUCUAUCAUGCUGGUGAUAUGAUACAGAAUCGUUACAAAAUCUUAGCGACGCUUGGCGAGGGAACGUUUGGACGUGUUGUUAAAGUUAAGGAUAGUGAAUCUGAUCAAACGAUGGCUCUGAAAGUCAUUAAGAAUGUAGAAAAAUAUCGUGAAGCUGCCAAAUUAGAGAUAAAUGCACUGGAAAAGUUGGCUGAGAAGAAUGCUACAGAACAUUUAUGUGUUAAAAUUCUCGAUUGGUUCGAUUAUCAUGGCCAUUACUGCAUUGCCUUUGAAAUGCUGGGCUUGAGCGUUUUCGACUUUUUGAGAGAAAAUAACUAUGAGCCAUAUCCAAUGGAUACUGUGCGUCAUAUUUCAUAUCAAUUGUGCUAUGCAGUGAAAUUUCUUCAUGAAAAUAAAUUAACUCACACAGAUUUGAAGCCAGAAAAUAUUUUAUUUAUGAGUUCUGAUUACUCGACGUCCUUCCAUGCCAGAAAGAACCGCGAAAUUCGCCGUGUUAAGAACACCGAUAUUAGAUUAAUUGAUUUUGGUAGUGCAACGUUUGAUCAUGAACAUCAUAGUACGAUCGUGUCUACAAGGCAUUAUCGUGCACCAGAAGUUAUACUUGAAUUAGGUUGGGCACAGCCAUGUGAUGUAUGGAGUAUUGGCUGUAUUAUGUUUGAAUUAUAUCUCGGAAUUACGCUCUUUCAAACGCAUGAUAAUCGCGAACAUCUUGCAAUGAUGGAGAGAAUUCUAGGAACGAUUCCAUACAGAAUGGCUAGAAAAACAAAAACGAAAUAUUUCUAUCAUGGUAAAUUGGACUGGGACGAUAAAUCAUCAGCUGGACGUUAUGUGAGAGAUCAUUGUAAGCCACUUCAUCGAUAUGUUAUGUCUGAAACACCUGAUCAUCUGCAAUUGUUCGAUUUGAUUCGAAAAAUGUUGGAUUAUGAUCCCGCAACUAGAAUUACCUUAGAUCAAGCUCUACGUCAUCCAUACUUCGGAAGACUUCCGCCCCAUCAAAAGUUACACGACAAAAGUAAUGAAAACUCAAUGUCAAGUAGUCCUGACAGUUCACCACAUAGUUUAUCAAGAUGA